AUGAAUUUCUUAAUUAUCGGCACAGUUCUGGCAUCGGCAAUAGCACAAGAGCAUAUCCAGGACCCAAUCAAAGAUUUCUGCCGUCGACACCAGCAUCAAACCUGCAUUAUUGAUAGCAAAUUAUACAUUGAUGGAGGCCUGGUGUAUUACGGACACGAUGUUCAGCCCAGUCGCCCACCUCAGACAAAUACAUGGCUCAUUUAUAAAGAUUUGUCCAAUUCUUAUCCAGACUUUCCUCCCCAGUAUAGCAACUUGACCAAGAGUAGAGACGUUCCUUCCGUCAGCGGCGGGAUUUUGUGGCCCGAUCUGGUCAACAAAGUAUUCUAUCAGUACGGUGGUGAAUACACAAACACAACCGCGCAGAGCUUUGGAACACUCUGGUUUUACGACACGAUCUACAACUCGUGGAACCGGUCUGCUGGCUCCGGUGCAUCACAAGCUCAAGUUUCAUGGCCAGCCUUCGGAGCAGGUACAACCAAUGACGAAGGCAUCGGAUACUACUACGGCGGCUAUCUGAAUGAAAACUCCGAUUCUCGUUGGAAAGGUAACCCGCUGAUGCUGGGUAGUAUAGUGUCGUACAACAUGAGCGAGGGGACAUGGAGAAAUCACACCUACGAUUUGACCCCCCGUGCUGAGGGCUCACUGCAAUACAUCCCAGCUGGAGAGCGGGGGAUGUUAGUGUACUUUGGGGGUGUUGAGAGGAUAAAUUCGGCGACGAGCUACCAAAUCCAUCUUUUUGACCUCGCCAACGAGAGGUGGUAUACUCAAACUACUACGGGGGAUAUACCUCAACCUAGACGUGGGUUUUGUGCAGGGGUGGUGUGGGCAGCGGACCACUCCUCAUACAACAUAUACCUCUUUGGUGGCAUUGGUACCAACGAGACUGCGCUAGAAGAUGUCUGGGUACUCUCUCUGCCAUCUUUUACAUGGAUUUACUGGUAUCCGAAGCCCAAAGCAACCACAUUCGCUGGAGGCAAGGCUUGGACGUCCUGCGAUAUCAUCAACCGAUCACAGAUGAUUGUCAUGGGUGGAUACUACACCAACGCCACUCAACCGAUGUGCGAUAUUCCUAAAAUUGGAGGGCAACAUGGCCUUCCGCUUGGACAAGAAGCGGUCGAACGAGGGCAGACAUGGCUCGGUCUUAUGUCCAACGUCACAAAGUACCGAGUGCCUAAGAACAUUACAGAUGUGAUCGGCGGCGAGUACGUCUCUGCCGUAGAUGGCGGUGCAACGUUGACGGCACCAGUCGCUGGUUGGGCAACGCCGGACCUCUCUGUCUACUUUAAAACAACUUUCUCUGCCGCGUCUAGGUCCGCGACCAGGCCCAUACCCACAACCUCAUCUUCGAGCAGUUCUCUACCUUCAUCUCCCCCAAACUCCGGAAAGACGAACAUAGGUGCUAUCACUGGAGGGGUCAUCGGAGGAGUAGUUAUCAUUGUUGCUGUUAUUCUCCUCGCUGUCUUUUGCUUACGCAUCCGGCGCAAAAGGCGAGAGCAAGCCAACGCUCAGCCGAGCCUGCAGCCUGUUCAAAACGAUCAGCGAACGCCGGCAGAGAAAUUUGUUGCCAACUUCUCUUUAUCGCAAGGCAGCGCACUACACUCCCCACAACCCUCAUCGUCACUCCAAGGGUCACCACCUGCGCCAUCGGAUUAUCAACAAUACCAAGAGUCACGAUCCCAGCAUCAGCAACCCUGGGUACAACACGGAGCUUAUGCAUACCCACCAGGUCAGCAGGGCUUUCAGCAGACUUAUUAUCCGCCACCGCUUGAUCCCACGCAGUCUCCCCGAAGUGCAUAUACAAUGAGCGCAGAGUUGCCCAACAUACAGAGUCCGAUGAAUGCUGAAUUACCGGACGGGAGAAGCCCGGUGUCGGUGCGUGGUAACGAUUUCAGGUCAUAAGGAUCCUGGUG